GCUGCAAGACGGUUUCUCGGAUAUGCGAAGCAUUAAGAACGUUAAUUGUCUUAAAAAUGGAAGAAUAAAAACGUGAAUUUUUCAGAAUUGAACAGAGAUGAACUAAAACAAUGAAAAAUAAUUUCGAGUAUAAGUUAUAAAUUAAAAAAAUAAUUUAUUGAAUUAACUUUGAGAUGAUGUGCCAUUGGAUAAAUAAAUAUUGAAGGACUUGGGUGAAUUAUGAAAAUGUAUUCAUCUAACGAUUUAAAGGCUUAAGAUGGAGGGAGAAACUCGAAUUGACAUAUGUGUGGGUUAUGAAGAAAAACUUAGUGUCGAUGAAAAAUAUCUUAUUGUAGAUGAAGAAAUGGUCGACUCUGAAGAAAAACUUAUUGUAGAUGAAGAAAUGGUCGACUCUGAAGAAAAACUUAUUGCAGAUAAAGAAGAUGUGAUUAUUGAUGAAACGGUUGACUGUGAAGAAAAAGUUACUUUAAGCGAAGCAGUGGUUAACACUAAGCGGAAACUUAUUGUAGAUGAAGAAGAUAAAACACUACAAACUGAAACUGAGUGCAAAAAUAGUUUACAUGACUUAGAAAGCGAUGAAACGAAUUCAGAAUCCAGCCCAGAAAAAGAGAAACACCCAGAUUCCAAUCAUAAAAUCAAGCCUACUCCUGCUGUGAAAAUUGAAGGUGAUAUUAUUAUCAAAGAUAUUUUACCCGUGUCUUCUAACCAACCAAAAACAACCGAAAUAAUUCUGCAUCCACCUUCUGAAGAAUUACCUCCACCGAAAUCAAAGAAGGUUCUCGUCUUAAAGCCAGAACCAUCCAGACAGAUUCCUCAACAGUUAGUGAGAAGAAUAUCAGUCAAACGGACAAGAAAUAUAACUUGUACAUUUAUCAUCAUCGCCAUUUUGCUAUGCCUUCUUACCGGUUCUUAUCUGAUAGGAGGGACAUGGCUUUUUCUAUAUCUGGAAGAGACGGAAGAGGUUUCCUACAUUAAAGAAUUUUCCAAGUUGAAGAAUGACACAGCCAUACUUCUUGCCACAGAACUGCGCCAAGUGAAAGCACACGAGGCCAUUUGGUCUCAGUAUGUGUUCAAGCACCUGGACCUGUUUGAGGAUGCUCUGUUGAAAAGUACUGGUCUUGGAUACUGGAGACAGGGCGCUGAUAGUGGGGAAAAGCGAUGGGCUUAUCCAAGCACGAUGUUUUACAGUUUGUCUCUGAUAACUACAACAGGUUAUGGUUCCAUGGCACCUCGUUCUAAGUGGGGCCGAACAGCAACAGUCUGCUACAGCCUUUUUGGUAUACCACUAAUGCUUUCAUGGUUAAUUUGUAUGGGCCACUUUUUUGCUAUUUGCUGGUAUUGGAUGUUCGAUAGCAUCUGUUGCCGCUUCUGCUGUUUUGGAAGCGAAGAGCAGACAAUCCAAAAGAGCCAAAGAAACAAAGCAACGAGGAUUAAGCGGAAUUCUGUCGCUCCAGCAAAAGAUACAAAGAUUCCUUUAAUAACCACAAAUUCUAACAAUAUUCCAAAAGAAUUAGUAGAGUUAGAAAGAAAUUUCAGUGCUGGAAGCAAAUUCCAGUAUAGUGGGAAAAAUGAAGAACUAAAUCGAGCUUAUGAACAAAUCAAUCAUUCAAUAAAUAACCAAUCGACUGAAGUAUUCCAAGGAAACUUUGACUGUUCCGACUUCGACAGUAAAUUGAGUGAUCUUGACCAUGCAGUUUCGAUAGUUUUUGCAGCGAUAUUCUUUGCUGUCUAUUUCGUGUUUGGAUCUGCAGUAUUUGCGUUGAUAGAACAACUAUCCAUAACAGAUGUAUUGUAUUUCAAUUAUUUGAUGUUCGUAACAAUGGGUCCAGGGUGUUACGAACUCAAAGAUGAUGUUGCUGAAAAUAAGAUCAGGGGCAAUUUGUGCUACAUCAUAUAUCUCAUUUUCGGAUAUAUAACAUUAUCAAUGAUUUUUAACCUUAUUUACAUGUAUUUUUAUCCUUCUGCAAGGAAAUAUCAUCCGAGCAAGAAUAAGUGAUUUUUCAUGAACAUGCUUAAGUGAUGGAAAAGAAAAAACUUGAUACGCACAUCUUUAAUUUUAUUUAUGAAAAUUGUAUGUAUUUUGAU